AGCAUCAGCAUCGACUGCGGCGACGACGCCGUGCCAGGUCAGGCAAGCGGGCGAGACACCAACCGUCGAUCACCGGCACGAUACCCGUCCUCGCCAGCUACACCACCCGGACAUCCUCCCUGCACCUCCCUGCAAGCAUCAUCAUGAUCAUCACCGGCUGUCUCCAAGCUGCCGCAUCCUUGCACCUACCCCUCAUCACGACGCUCCUCUACUCCGCUGGGCUUGCCUCGCUCCUCUUUCCCCUCAACUUAGACCUUCUCAUCCUCUUUCAUCUGCCAGCUGGGUCUCCUCGGCGUCAAUGCCAGCACCACCAGCCCAGCUCACGGCUAGCUCAAUACAUCGAGGCUAUUCUCAGAUUGUGCAUCCCGUCGGCAUUUCGCCGACUACGUCCACCUUGGCAUCAGUCGACGUUGCGACAACAGUACCUUUGCUCUUCUUUCACCAGCCCAAGUGGCUGCUCUUCUCUCUACCCUUUUUUCUUUUUUACCUCUUCUUUGCCAACCCCUUCUUUUCGCCAUCCUUCUUCGUUCGCCCCACCCCACCUCAACACCACAUUACCUCCCUCUUUUGUUUUCCCCCCUUUCUUGCCCCCUCUUCAAUACAAAAAGACUCGAAAAGCUAGCUCAUGCUUUGCGUCUCGCUACGGGAUGAUCGAUCGAUUUUAUGGAACCAAGACUGGCCCUGCGCAUCUCAAGGUCGCUGGCGUGACGGCUCUUCAGUCUGUGUAAGUCUACUCAAGUCGUCUACGGUCUGCUCACAGCCUUGGAACUCAUUGCUCGUGGUAUUUGCUGCAAUGAGGUGGUGAUGGGGGAGAAGAAGAAAGCAGCUACUGGCUGCGCGUCGCCUUCAAAGACCUCGUCGAGGUGGCGCGAUGAGGGCGGGCACAAAGGGGUGGAAGCGCGUCCGCACGCGACACAGAGGGAGGGGCGGA